AUGAGCUCCUGUCGGACCGCUGACCAGCUGGACGACCAGAGCCUCAUCAUCACUUUUCCUUAUCCCCUCAGGUAUGGAUCUAACCUGGGUCACCGCCGCAUCGAGCCAGAACCUGACCCGGAUUACGAGUGUCACAGUGGACGCCCCACAUUCCCCCUGGACCCUAUAGAAAUGGAUUACCAGUUCAUACCGAGCUCGCAGUUACGCAUCUGUGGGGAUGGGGGUGUGGAGGGGCUGGGGGCCGGCACUGGAUACAUAGGAAUAUAA